AUGCAUUUCAACGCACUACAACACCAGUCAGAUGAAGGAUGGGCCAAUGUCAUAUUAGUAGCGAGGUCUCUAUUGACCCAACUCCUCACGACCGACCUUCCAGCCCCAUCAGACCCCAUUCUUCCAAUCCUCGAUACCAAUGAGCUACAAAGCCUGCAGGUUAAGAUUAUGCCGGAUGAUCAUCCUCGGGAUCCGGUCUCUAUCCUUCAACAAGCCAUGACGCUCUUUGAUUACCAUAUACACCACACCCACCCACAUUCCUUUGCUUAUAUUCCAGCCUGCCCCAGCCCCAUUGCUCGUCUGGGAGAUCUCCUCACUUCCCUUUAUAAUGUAAAUGUUGCAAACUGGGAUUCGAGCUCUGGUCCGAGCGAGGUUGAAAAGGCCAUGAUCCACUGGCUAGGCUCCCAAUUGGAACUGCCUGAUUCAGUCGGAGGGUGCUUUGUCUCGGGCGGGUCUAUGGCAAACAUGACAGCCAUAGUUGCAGCCCGCGAUGAGAAACUCCAACCCUUGCAGCGAGCAAACGCCACCAUCUACAUGUCCGACCAGACACACCUCUCCGUUAUGAAAGCCCUACAUAUUGCUGGCUUCAUGGACUACCAGGUCCACAAGAUACCAACCGAUGAUAACUGCCGCAUGGAUAUGGAUAUCCUACGACAUGCCAUCAAUACAGAUCGCCUAUUCGGACGUGUUCCGUUUCUCCUCAUCGCCAAUUGCGGCAGCACCAACACCGGCAGCAUCGAUCCUCUCCAUGAAUUAGCCGAUAUCACGCGUGAUGAAGGCCUAUGGCUUCAUGUAGACGGUGCAUAUGGUGCAUCCAUCGCACUAUCCAACAAGCAUCGCCACCUGGUUGAUGGCAUCGGUCGCGCGGAUAGCGUCUCCUGGGAUGGCCACAAGUGGCUCUUCCAGACAUAUGAUUGCGGGAUUGUGCUUACGCGGCACGUUAGCUCUCUCGCACGCAGCUUCUCCUUCGAUGCCGAAUAUAUCACCCAUCCAUUGGAACCGCAGGCCACAACUAACUUUUACAAACUCAGCCCAGAGCUAAGUCGCCCAGCGCGUGCGAUGUCUCUGUGGCUCACUAUCAAGGUUCUAGGUCGUCGUCGUGUGGGUGAGAUGAUCGAUCAGGGUUUUCUUCUUGCCUGUACAGCGGAUCGUAGCAUCCGGCAGUGCAAGAACUGGAUCAUCCCGGUGCCAACAGUUGCUAGCAUUGUGGUUUUCCGAUAUGCCCCUCCUGGGUUCAGUGAAGAGGAGUUAGACUCAUUGAACGGUGCUAUUUCACAACGGCUCGUGGCGGAGAACAUCACUUCUAUAUUGACUACCCAGAUUCGUGGACGGACUACACUUCGAAUGUGCGCUAUAAAUCCUGCUGUACAGCCGGAAACGAUCAGUGAGGUAAUAUCCCGGGUGGAUAAAGUUGCCCAAGCUGAGGCUUCUAAGGUCAAGAAGACUUAUCCAAAGAUGUCUAAUGGACUGUGUUCUCCUCUGCCGAGCUGCUGUGUUGUUGAAGCUCCUGACCAUGCUUGA